AUGGCUAGUUCUAGUGGGGCUGGGAAAACUAAAGAGAAUUUUGCAGUUAAGAAACCGGGCAAACUUAAGAAUGGGAGGAGAGGAAGGAAAAACCUGCAAUCAGGUGAAACAUACAAGAUAUUCAUUUACAGAGUGAUGAAGCAGGUGCACCCAGAUAUGGGAAUUUCAUUCAAUGCAAUGGGUAUUAUGAACAGCUUUGUGAAUGAUCUGUUUGAGAGGGUGGUCAUGGAGGCUUCCAAGCUGGCUCGUUAUAACAAGAAGAACACUAUUACUGCUAGGGAGAUUCAGACUGCUGUGAGACUGGUUCUACCUGGAGAGCUGGCCAAACAUGCUGUUUCAGAAGGAACAAAGGCUGUCAGUAAAUUCAUUGGCUCCCAUGUCAAUGGCUAG